GGUGUGGGCACGGGUGAUGGCGGGCCUGCGCCUGGAGGAGGAGGUGGAUGGGAAGCAGGGGACUUUGGGUUUGGUCACACGUGUGUCUGGGUCUCUGCGACGCCCUCUGACCCCAGCAUGUCCCACUGCCCCAGCGACGACGCCCACUUCUCUGUUGCAGGUUUUCCCAAGGGGGCCGGUGCCCAGGAUGGACGUGUCGCCUGAGCACACAGAGCAGGGUGGGGGGCUGGUGCUGGUCCGCCGGCAGCCCCCAGCGCCCCGGGGCGUGCUCGAGACGCUAAAGGCCAGGCUGCAGUGGAACUGCACGUGCAGCGCGCAGGGGGCCGGGGCGCUGGUGCAGGACCUGCUCCCCGCCACACGCUGGCUGCGCCAGUACCACCCGCGGGAGGACCUGGCAGGGGACGUCAUGUCCGGGCUGGUCAUCGGCAUCAUCCUGGUGCCACAGGCCAUCGCCUACUCACUGCUGGCGGGGCUGCAGCCCAUCUAUAGCCUCUACACCUCCUUCUUCGCGAACCUCAUCUACUUCCUCAUGGGCACCUCGCGCCACGUCUCCGUGGGCAUCUUCAGCCUGCUCUGCCUCAUGCUGGGGCAGGUGGUGGACCGCGAGCUCCUGCUGGCCGGCUUCGACCCUGCCCAGGACGGCCCGGGGCCCCGGGACAACGGCAGCACCCUCAAUGCCUCGGCCGCCACGCUGGCACUCGGGCUGCAGGGCUGCGGGAGGGACUGCUACGCCAUCCGCGUCGCCACUGCCCUCACACUGGUGGCCGGGAUUUACCAGGUCCUCAUGGGCGUCCUCCAGCUCGGCUUCGUGUCCGCCUACCUCUCGCAGCCGUUGCUCGACGGGUUUGCCAUGGGGGCCUCCGUGACCAUUCUCACCUCCCAGCUAAGGCACCUGCUGGGCGUGCGGGUCCCGCGGCACCAGGGGCCAGGCAUGGUGGUCAGCACUUGGCUGAGUCUGCUGCGCAGCGCCGGGCAGGCCAACCUGUGCGACGUGCUCACCAGCACCGUGUGCCUGUCUGUGCUGCUGGCUGCUAAGGAGCUCUCGGACCGCUUCCGGCACCGCCUGAAGGUGCCGCUACCCACAGAGCUGCUGGUCAUUCUAGUGGCCACGCUCGCAUCCCACUUCGGCCAGUUCCACGAGCGCUUUGGCUCCAGUGUGGCCGGCGACAUCCCCACGGGCUUCAUGGCCCCGCAGGUGCCGGACCCUAGGCUGAUGUGGCGCGUGGCACUGGACGCUGUGCCCCUGGCCCUCGUGGGCUCUGCCUUCUCCAUCUCGCUGGCGGAGAUGUUCGCCCGCAGCCACGGCUACUCCGUGCGGGCCAACCAGGAGCUGUUGGCCGUGGGCUGCUGCAACGUGCUGCCCGCCUUCUUCCACUGUUUCGCCACCAGUGCCGCCCUGGCCAAGAGCCUGGUGAAGACGGCCACCGGCUGCCACACACAGCUGUCCAGCGUGGUAAGCGCCGCCGUGGUGCUGCUUGUGCUGCUGGCACUGGCGCCGCUGUUCCGAGACCUGCAGCGGAGCGUGCUGGCCUGUGUCAUUGUCGCCAGCCUGCGAGGGGCCCUGCGCAAGGUGAGGGACGUCCCACAGCUGUGGCGGCUCAGCCCAGCCGACGCGCUGGUCUGGGUGGCCACGGCAGCCACCUGUGUCCUGGUCAGCACUGAGGCCGGCCUGCUGGUCGGCGUGCUCCUCUCGUUGCUCAGCCUGGCCGGCCGCACGCAGCGGCCACACGCUGCCCUGCUCGCCCGCAUCGGGGACUCAGGCUUCUACGAGGACGCCCAGGAGUUUGAGGGGCUGGUCCCCGAGCCCGGGGUGCGGGUGUUCCGCUUUGCGGGGCCACUCUACUACGCCAACAAGGACUUCUUCCUGAGGUCUCUCUACAGCCUCACAGGGCUGGACGCGGGGCGCGAGGCCGCCAGGAGAAAGGAGAAGGGCUCAGAGACAGGGGUCAGUGAGGAAGACCCUGUCGAGGGCAAGGAGCUGGGCCCAGUGAGCAGCUCAGCUGUGCUGGUGCCCACGGCGGCUGGCUUCCACGCAGUGGUCAUUGACUGUGCCCCGCUGCUGUUCCUGGACAUGGCCGGCAUGGCCACGCUGCGGGACCUGCGCCGAGACUACGAGGCCCUGGGCAUCACCCUGCUCCUGGCCUGCUGCAGCCCUGGGGUCAGGGAGGCCCUGCAGAGAGGUGGCUUCCUUGGGGAGGACCAGGGGGACAUGGCUGAGGAAGGGCAGCUGUUCCACAGUGUGCACAGCGCCGUGCAGGCAGCCCAAGCCCGCCACAGGGAGCUGGCAGCUGCUGACUCCACCCUCUAGCAGGGCUAGCGCCUGCCCACAGCAGCCUGAGGCGCACAGCCUCUUGCUGUGGUUCACCGCGACCCUCCCUGAGCGAUGCUGUGCCAUCUCCACCCAGGAGGAACCAGUGAACCCCAACGGGGACAGGAGGACGGCUGUGAACACACACAUGGACCCAGACACCCGAGAACCCAAGAACCGGGCCUUUGGGACAAAU